AUGACGCGUUAUGGUUUCAGUCAACGUCAGCGUGCUCGCAAGGAAGCUCGCACACUGUCCAAUCUACACAGCCCAAACGAAGUGCAGUCACCAUGCAACGAAUCGAAUGUGCCGAGUGAGUCUGUUGGUGUCGACGAGUCGGGAGGGCAAAAUAGAGUUACCGAAGACGAUCAAAACCUGCAGUCAAUAAUUAACAGCAGUCAAAACAAUGGACUAGCGUCCGACGACAAUAAUAACAUAUUAUCUCGCUCUGCAUCGCCAGUGAGUCCGACAUUAAACGAUCUGUUCAAAGUGGAAAACACUACGAAUGCGGAUGGCAUCUUAGCUGGAGAGAAUACAGCAAAGUCAAAGAAUAAUCAAGAUGCUCGGCAAAGUUCGAAAGCAAUCACGAAUCCAGUGAAGCAUACAAAUACUAUGAUUCGAGGAGGAGGAAAUGUUACAGACAAGACCAGCGGAGCCGAUGGAAAUCGCUCGACCUCGUUUCCUCUUUUAUUAAAAGCUGCAUUAGAACGUGUAGUUAGAGAUGAAGAGCUUGCGUCCGGUCGGCCCACUAAAAAUUGGGUAACUCGUUUCAAAGAUUCCCAGAAGGCAAUCAAUCCUCAUCGAAGACGAAAAUACGAGACAAAAUCUCCUAAAGGUAGCGUUAGAAAGCGUGUCUUGAAAAGGUUAGAAUAUAAAAACCUUGGGAUAGAACUAUCGUAUGCGGAGGUGAAGAGAGCAGAUUGGAAGCCACGGAAUCAUAUGACAGUAGAUUCGAGAAUCGGUAAUACGAGGAAGCCUAAGCCGGGCUGCUCUAACCUACGUUAUUGUUUGACUGAGAUAGAAGCCGAGUGGGCAGACAAAGAAAUUUCAAAACUCAAUCAACUAAUCGCAAAGGAGGAGAAUGAGAUGAGAGAAGAAGCGCGUUCGACGCGAGUUUCAAAUUCGAUUGACAGGACCCAAUCACCGAGAAACUUCCUGAUCUCAAAGUCACCAUCUUUACCGCACCAAGUACAUGUCGCAGAAACCCCAGAAUCACCACGAACAACAACUGAAUCAAACUCAUCUCAAAUGCCGGAUAUUCUUGGACAAUGGGGGAGUCUAGAAACGUACAGCAGAUUCAACUUUGAAGCUCUUCAGCAUGCGCUUAAACAAGCUCUCACUGGCAGUCAAAGAAACGACGACUGCAAAUAUGCUGAUCAAAUGGAAUCAACAGCGGAAACGGGGACGAAAGAUCAAGAGUCUGAGCUAGAAGCUGCUUUUCUGAAAGACUCCGAUGAAGAAGAUGAAGGUGCCGAAGAGGAUGGAGACGAAGACUGGGAGGAAUAUUUCGAUUGCGAAGAGAAUUUGAUCGACGAGGAUUACUUUUUGCACGACAGAGGUCUUCGAGAGGAAAUGUCUGAGUACAUAAAUGACCAGGCAGAGCGAAGUUCAGAGGAAGACGAGCCUCAGUUUGCAGCACAUCUAUUUAGCAACCCACUACAAUCACUUGACGACCAGGAAAACAAUCACGAUGCUAGUCUGCCCAAGUCAACCAAGCCAAACAAACCAUCAGAGAAGCGUUCUUCCCAAAAGCUACAAAAGCUAUCCAGAACCUGGGUCACACGCUUCCUGGCCAAAAAAGCCAAGAGCAGACGCCGCCGCAUGCCCAGGGGACCUGGUAGAUUUAUAUACCCAUCUAGCGACAAUGUUCUACUUCUACUCAUGAAUGGAAUCAACACAAAUGGGGCAAGACCAACUAGAGGAGAUACCGAGCUUUUGAGACAUCAGAGACAUCGGAAAUCAGGUCAAUAUGUUUCGUUUUCUAGUCCAUUGAGACACUGCUGGACUUAUAUAUCAUGUGAAAAAGAAGCUAGUGAAGAAGAAGCUUGUUAA